ACUCUUUACAGCAAGUGGGACCCACACACCAUCUUUCUCUUUCUCUCUCUAUAUUUUUGAACCCAAAAAAGAGUAAAAAAGCAAGUCAUCAUCCCUCCCUGUUUUUCUCUCUCUACAAAUAAACACCUUCAUUUCUAGAGAGAGAAAUAGAGUGAUGGCUUCUGCUGGUGGUUACAGAAACGGUACUCAAAAAGCGCCAAACCUCCGUAAUUCAUCUUCAUUCAAAUCGAAGCUUCCUCCGUCGGCUUCUUCCAACGGCCGCCGUAGUAGUACUGCUAUUGACGCCGUGUAUGGAAGAGUUCGAGUUGCCGUCAGAUUACGUCCUCGAAAUGCCGAAGAAUUGGCAGCAGAUGCAGAUUUUGCUGAUUGUGUAGAGCUGCAGCCGGAGCUCAAAAGGUUGAAACUUAGGAAAAACAAUUGGGAUUCAGAUACAUACGAGUUUGAUGAGGUGUUCACCGAGUUUGCAUCCCAAAAGCGUGUUUAUGAAGUUGUUGCAAAACCUGUUGUUGAGAGUGUCUUGGAUGGUUACAAUGGAACAGUGAUGGCUUAUGGUCAGACUGGGACAGGGAAAACUUAUACCCUUGGACAAUUAGGUGAUGAAGAUGUAUCUGCUCGUGGUAUCAUGGUUCGUUCAAUGGAAGACAUAUUAGCAAAUAUCUGCUUGGAGACCGAUUCAGUUUCAGUCUCAUACUUACAGCUUUAUAUGGAAACAAUUCAGGAUCUCCUAGAUCCUGCUAAUGACAGCAUCCCCAUAGUUGAAGACCAAAAAACUGGUGAUGUAUCCUUACCAGGGGCAACUGUCGUGGAGAUCCGGGACCAGCAAAGUUUUCUUGAACUGCUGCGGGUCGGGGAAGCUCAUAGAUAUGCCGCUAACACAAAACUGAAUACUGAAUCUUCCCGAAGUCAUGCUAUUCUCUUGGUACAAAUUAAGAGAUCAGUUCCUGGAAGAGAAGCUGAUUUUUCUGCCGAAACAGAUCACUCCUCUCACUUGGCAACCAAUUAUAAGCCACCUAUGUUGAGAAAAGGCAAACUAGUUCUUGUAGAUCUUGCUGGUUCUGAGCGUGUAAACAAGUCAGGAAGCGAAGGGCACAUGUUGGAGGAAGCGAAGUCCAUCAAUCUUUCAUUAAGUGCCCUAGGGAAGUGCAUAAAUGCAUUGGCAGAAAAUAGUGCUCAUGUACCUGUCCGAGAUUCGAAGCUUACGCGGUUGCUUAAGGAUUCAUUUGGAGGAACAUCGAGAACUUCAUUAGUUAUCACCAUCGGGCCAUCACCUAGACAUAGAGCAGAAACAGCAAGUACCAUAUUGUUUGGACAGAGAGCUAUGAAGGUGGAAAACAUGUUGAAGAUUAAGGAAGAAUUUGAUUACAAAAGCUUAUCAAAAAGGCUGGAGGUGCAAGUAGACAAACUUAUUGCUGAAAAUGAAAGACAGCAGAAAGCUUUUGAGGCUGAGGUUGAACGAAUUAGAUUAGAAGCACAAAAGCAUGUCAUGGAAGCAGAAAGGAACUAUGCUGAAGCCCUGAAGGAGGAGAAAAUGAAAUGUCAGGUGGAAUAUAUGGACUCAAUUAAGAAGCUGGAGGAGAAGUGGAGCCUUAAUCAGCAAAAACCUACAAACAAUGCCAGAACUGAUGGAUCAUCUAUCACAGAGGAAGUUUCUGAACUUAAGAUUUUGCUUCAAAAUGAAAUGCAAACAAGAAAGGCAGCAGAAGAAGAAAUAAACAAACUCAAAGAACAACUGCACAUGCUUACAAAACCAGGGUCAGCAGGUCGAAAUUCUGAUAUUCUAAACCUCCAAAGCAUGUUGGAAGAAGAGAUUCGUCAGAAGAAGAGACUGGAAGAAGAAUUGAUCGUCUUACGCAGUCAAUUUUCUCAGUUAAAUAUGGAAGCUGGUCAAAGAGCAAGCUAUCUGGAUAGAAGCAGAAGUGGCGCUGGACUUCCUGGCCUAGAUUCAUUGUCUCCUCUUAGAAAUCUGCAUUGCAAAGAUGCGACUAAUGGAGAGAGAUCUUCAAUCACCAAUCUUCACGAACAAGUUGGAUUACAUAAAAUUUUGUCACUGCUGGAGUCUGUAGAUGCUUCCGUGCGGAUUAAUGCAGUGAAGGUUGUAGCUAAUCUGGCAGCUGAAGAAGCGAAUCAGGAAAAGAUAGUUGAAGCUGGUGGUCUUAAUUCAUUGCUGAUGCUUCUUAGCAAUUCAGAGGAUGAAACCAUUCGUAGAAUAGCAGCUGGUGCAAUUGCAAAUCUUGCAAUGAGUGAAUCCAACCAGGAACUUAUAAUGACUCAAGGUGGGAUUGCACUGUUAGCGGUGACAGCUGCUGAUGCUGAGGAUCCUCAGACAUUACGCAUGGUGGCCGGAGCCAUUGCUAAUCUAUGUGGUAACGAUAAACUACAGACGAGGCUGAGGUCUGAAGGUGGAAUCAGGGCACUGUUAGGGAUGGUGAGAUGUAGACAUCCAGACGUUCUGUCUCAAGUUGCAAGGGGAAUUGCAAAUUUUGCGAAGUGCGAGUCCAGAGCUUCAGCUCAAGGUCAGAAAGCUGGGCGUUCUUCUCUGAUAGAAGAUGGUGCACUAACAUGGAUUGUUCAGAAUUCCAAUAAUGAAGCCUCAAUGAUCAGGCGUCAUGUUGAACUGGCUCUCUGCCAUUUGGCACAACAUGAAGUCAAUGCAAGAGACAUGAUCACCGGGGGCGCCCUUUGGGAGCUAAUUCGUAUCUCGCGUGAUUGCUCUCGAGAUGACAUAAGGUCUCUUGCACGUCGAACUCUGACUUCAAGUCGGACUUUCCAAUCUGAAAUGCGACGCUUGAGGAUAGAGUUAUAGUUACCUUAUUGGUUUCACUCCAGGGUAUUGAGCCAACACUAAUUCUUGAAAUGCGCAUGCAUCAUUUACAUGAACCGGUCCCUAAAAGGAAAUUGCUCAACAGUUUUGUAUCGCGGGAAUGCAUCAAGCAAGGUCCCUCUAGAUGAAAGUAUCUAUACAUUAGAUAGUUUCUUGUAUGAAGUAGCCUAUAAUGUGCUAUUAAGUUUCAGUGAGUAGUUUACAUUCUUUCAUUUUUCUUUGGGUUCUGGGGUAGGGGGGUGCUUAAGCCUUCAGCUUCAUUGUUGUAAUUUGUGAGCCUGUAAUUAUGAUAUAACUAAUGAAAGCUUUUUAUUCUUCGUUUGUGGAAGAAUUAGUUUCUGAGUGAUUUAAUCAAUCAUCUACAAAGCUUUUUUCUAA